AAAUCCCGUGGUAAAAAAUGUAAAUAGCGUUGCCAUGGCGCACACAAAUAUUGAUAUACAAGUAAAUAUAUCGUUCUAUGUAAAGUCUUAGGUCUACAGCCGAGUGGUAACGGUAUGAUGCGACGUGAAGCGAGCGGGGCAGUAGUGACAGGACACUCGCCAGGCAUGUGGACGGGGUCAGGAUGACACCAGUUGAUGGUGUUGGACUUGGCAGGUGUUGUUAUUUUGAGAUACCUUACACUGGGAGUCGUACAGCAAUCAACAGUGUCCAUUAUAUACAGGUAUGACGUCAUCAUGGAUGACCUAUCUGGUGGUGCUAGCUGCGGUGGGUGUCGUCACUGCACAAGAGUUUACAUUUUUAAAUGAUGUGACCGUUAUUGUACGUGAGGGUCAGGCUGUGCCCUUGGUUCUCCAAAUCACAAGAAGUGGGGCUCUGACGAACAAUGCCACGGUCACCCUUGUCGCCUUGGAAUAUACAGACAAUUACAACGAACAAUGGCGGCUGCCCGUGGAAUUUCUCUCAGGGGAGGCCACUCGCUUACUUCCGCUAGGAACACUCGACGAUACUAUCCAGGAACCAGACAGACUUUACAUCUUUGAGAUCGUAGCGACAUCUGCAGGGAACACGAUCGGAGCCAGGCCGCGCGUAUACGUGUCGUACGUAGACAACGACGGUCCUGCCCUAUUUAACUGCAAUGCUGGAGAUGCCUGCCAGAACGGCGCCACCUGCGAUCCCGACACCGGAGAGUGUAACUGUCAGGGGACGUCUGUGCCCACUGCAUUCAGAGACUGUCGUCUACAAAUUAGCCAACUGGACACCGCCAUGUGCUCUAGUGUAACGUGCGGGCAGGGAGGGGUGUGCGUCAACGACGGCAAAGCAACAUGUGUCUGUCAACCAGGCUAUGUCGGGGAUACCUGCCAACUGAAGCAGAGCUACAACGUGGUCUGUUAUGCUACACGGAUGUGCCUGAACGUGGACCCUCCUGUUGGUUACACCGGAGAGCGUUAUGUUUUUGGUUUUCAAGGCGUCUCCCAGUGCAGCCUCAAAGAUGUCACCAGCGCCGCCAGUAGGGGCGACAGCAUCCCAUCUACCUGGACCGGUUCCUACAUAUGUCUCAACCACGUGGACAGCAUCUGCGGCAAUGUCGAUACGACAACAGAGGCUGACCGAACCAUCACCAGGGCUCGUAAAGUGAUGAUUCGACAGAAUUCUCUGAGGACAAAGAACGACAUCAUCUUCACUUCCUACUGCAGAUUCGACUCCUCGGGGACGAUUGUCAUUGAUCAGACAAAUAUUUCUCCAAAUUCUUCAGGGAUAAUCCUCGUGAACAGAACAAACAACAUCAACGCUGCUAAUGUGUUUAUUGCGGACCCGGUUACCGGAAAAGCGGUAACGACAACGGGAGUCAACGUUGGGGAAGUGGUGUGUUUUGCCUUCGUCAUCGAGGCAACAGGUUACACGACAAUUCGUCUUGACAGCGUCACCGCCAACGACCAGCUGACGCCGGCGACCACAUUUGGUGUUCUAGCUGAUGGGUGCCCGAUAACAGGUAACGCCAAUGUAGUCAGCAGACUGCCCUAUCAGCUAAACGCGACCGACGCAAGAAGGGUCGACUUCUGCAUCAACGCCUUUUCCUUCCGAAACAGCUUCACAGUCGGCUUCAGGUUUCAACUGUCGUUCUGUACCGCCGCUGACAGCGCUUGCAAUCCGUACACCUGUUCUGGUAACAGACCGUCAUACGGACGGAAGAAGAGGGCGUCAGGGGAGACAACCGAGAUUCUAGAAACAACAAUUGUCAUCAAGAAAGAGCCCACCACAUCUGCUAUAACAGGCGGUAACACUGAACCACCAUCCUCAUCAGUGUGUGAACUCACAUCCAACAUCGUCGCAGCGUUAGCCACUCUGGGAGUCCUCGCAGCCAUCUUGAUGAUCGUGACUUUGAUCAUCGUCUUACGCUCAGUGAGAUCACGCGAUAACUCACGAGACAAUUAGUGCCAUGCCGGAAUCUACGAGCGGCAAGCCAUAUUCACCAUUAUUAGGCAUUUAAUAUGAAAGACGAGACCAAUGCUAAACGUUCUUCCUGUCAUGGCUGCUAUUGUUUAUCCUUUGAUGUAUCUUUAAGUGCUGGUAAAAAACGUAUGUCGUCUAACGUAUAACGUGUUGAGACAUUACUAGGAGUUCUUUUCCGAAGUCAUUCGCAACGAUACCAAACUAUUUAUCAAUUUACAGGUUUCCAUUGAACAAGUAUUGAAUUUUUUUGUCUUUUACGACAUCGCGAUCAUUUAUUUCAACGCAAACAUUAUUUCCACAGACAAUUCGCCGUCUAAAACUUCAACUGAAGCUUGUGUUAAAUCAAAGUAACGUGAUCUAAUAUAUAAAUAGCCACUUGCUUCCGUGGCUGAUGAACAUUGACCUCUAUAUAUUAUAUCAGCGUAUAGGCGGUAUUUUGUGCUGGAUCCUCUUUUAAAGAGCCAACUUCGUAAAGCAAAUGCCGUAAGGCUACAGAUUUGUAUAAUUUGCACGGAAGUCGUAGCGCUGCAGUGACUUGUCAGAAAGGAGACCCUGUAGAGACCAUACAAUGUUUGUGAUAAUUCAGAAGUGUGAACGUUUUAAAAUCUGCGCAAAAACACGCAUUCACGCGUACAUUUUAAUACCGGUGCGCAGAACGUUUCGUGUUGCACACGUGGAUGUUAAUACCGGAAGUAAAUGUAAUUCUGUGCAUUUUUGUAAAAGAUGUGAAGCGUUGAUAUGUGUUCUUAAAAUAAAGUGGUUUACUUACUGAA